CGCCGCCCGGGCUCUCCGGCCGCCCCGCGCUGAAGGCAGCGCCCCCCGCCAGCAGCAGCACAGAGCACAGGGAAAGCAGUGAGAAUUCCUUGGAAAGAUGCCUCUGGUGAAGAGGAACAUUGAACCUCGUCACCUGUGCCGUGGCGCUCUUCCUGAUGGGGUGACCAGCGAGCUGGAAUGUGUGACCAACAGCACCUUGGCUGCCAUCAUCAAGCAGCUGGGUAGCCUCAGCAGACAUGCUGAAGACAUAUUUGGAGAACUGUUCAAUGAAGCCAAUAGUUUCUAUUUGCGGAUGAACUCCCUGCAGGAGAGGGUGGAUCUUCUGGUGAUCAAGGUCACUCAAUUGGACUCGACGGUGGAGGAAGUUUCACUGCAAGACAUCAACAUGCGGAAAGCGUUCAAGAGCUCAACUGUGCAGAACCAGCAGGUGGUCUCUCGGAACUCCAUCCCUAACCCCGUGAUGGAGAUGUACCAACGCUGUGACAAGCCGCCACCGCUCAACAUCCUCACGGCAUACAGGGACGACAAGAAAGAUGGCCUCAAAUUUUACACCGACCCUUCAUAUUUCUUCAACUUGUGGAAGGAGAAGAUGCUGCAGGCGACUGAGGACAAGAGAAAGGAGAAACGUAGGCAGAAGGAGCAGCGGUUAGUGGAAGAUUCCACCCGGGAGGUGAAGAAAGUGAGAAAAGCCCGCAACCGGCGCCUGGAGUGGAACAUGAUGGCAUAUGAUAAAGAAUUCCGGCCCGAUAACAGGUUCUCACCAUCCCCAUAUCACAUGGCCUCAUCGGAAGGAUCACUGUCCCCAGACAAUAGAUCUUAUGCGUCAGAUGCAGCUGAUCACUCAUACCCGGCCAGUCCUAACCACCCUGCACAGCAGAUAUUAGCUCCAGCCUCACACCUGUCAACCGACAACAAAGAGAUCAUCCUGGUCGCUAACCAGGCCCAGGAACAUGUCUACAGGCCCUCAGCAGCAGGAAGCCGUCAGAACAGUCUCAACCGCGUCCAGCAGCCCCAUGUGCCACAGCAUCCAGAGGCUAUAUUGAAUGGACCAAGACCUCAGAUAGUCAAGGAGUAUGGUCCCCAGCAGAUGCCCCUGGCAGAAUACUUUGUGCCUCCUGCUCCUCCGCCCCCGCCCCCUGUGAUACCCUCUGCUCAGACUGCCUUCGACAGCCCCAUCUCAGCACCUCCCGCCAUGGCGGCCAGCGCUGCAGCCUCCGUGGCUCACUCGUCAUAUGCACCUUCCCCGCCUCCAGCUCCACCCUGCCCAUAUUCUGCUUCCCCCCCUCAGACUGGCCCGAUGGGGCCCCCCGUCGCACCUCCCCCACCUCCACCCGGUCCUCCAACAGUCGCUGCCUCGCCGGCUCACUCGGCAUCGCCCCCGGCGGCAGUGGUUGAACCUCGGAAACCUCAGAUCCCUCUGAUACCAAUGAGCGAUGCCCGGAGCGACCUGCUUGCUGCGAUUCGGAGGGGAAUUCAACUCCGGAAAGUCCAGGAACAGUGGGAGCAGGAGGCGAAGAAGGAACCGGUUGGCAAUGAUGUAGCCACUAUCCUGUCCCGCAGGAUUGCAGUGGAGUACAGCGAAUCAGACGAUGACUCGGAACUGGACGACAAUGAGUGGUCAGAUUAAGAGAGCUCAGCAUGCUGUGUUGGAGUGUCCUCCCCCCUCCCUGCUUCUCCACAAGAAGGUGUGUGUGGCUGGGUUUCCCUGAACGUGAAUGCUGAUCACCGUCAGCACUUAGUGUGACUUAUUCAGGAGCUUUGCUUUUACACCAUGUUGUAUUCUUGAAGAAAUGAUGGUAGUGUUGUCAGUGGAGAGUGCGCACAGGUGGGACAUGCUUUAAAAGCAGCAGUAACUGACAUCUGCCCAGAAUCCCGCCAGGUGUGGCUAUGACACUUUAAUAACGCUGAGAACACAAUGAGGCGAGGAUCAAUGGAGUUACUCUGGAUUUACACCAGGGUGGCCGCAAUCAGAAGCUGGUCCCACGCAUGUGUUUAUAGAGAAACAAAACUGCAGAAACAGCACUGCUUAUUUGGCCAGAUGUUAAUUUUAUAAUGAAAAGCUCCUGAAAAAGCAUCCUGUUCCCAUAGCAAAUACCGCCACGUGGUUAUAGGUGUCUAGAGACCACAAUUCACUUGUUUGUAUUUUCUGCAGAUGUUUAAAAUUGUUGGGAUUUGGACCGUAUGAGCCAGGGGAAAGCUGUGUUCAUUGCCAUGAAAGUUACAUGCAGAAAGAGUCUGUUUUCCCUUUAAAGUAAUGUCGUUAGCUUUGCGUUCUGACAGUCAGAAAGGAGAGUUCUCUGCUGUCUCCCAGUUUCACUUUUAAGAGCACAUCCUAGGGAGGCACAGAUGUUUGUGGCAUGGUUAUAUUUCCAGCUCUGCACUCAGAUUCCCUGGGGAAGAGCAUGAAAGGAAAGUUUAGUGUAAACCUGCUCUUCUUUUGCCAUCAGCAAAGAAACAAAGCCCUUGUUACUGAGUAGAAAGGAAUAAAGUCAGUUUAAAGAGAAAAGAACCUUGCAAUAGAUUUAAGUUGUCUAAGAACGAUCCUGAAGGCCUAGAAAUAACUGGCUGACAGUGCUGUCCUAUUGUUGUAUCACCUUAUUAUUAUUUGAAAUAAAAUUAACCAGGCUAAAUAUAACUCUCAGCCGCACUGAAGCAACCCCAUUGGAGUUAGUAGGGAGCAAUAUUUGUCCCUUUGGGUUGACUUUUGAUUUUCAGUUUCUAGUAUCUGAGAAUCUCCUUGUACAAUUGAGGUGAAUUCGGUCUUAUUCCCGAAAUAGUUAUUGAGGUAACAAUUCUUCCGCUUUUACUCAGGCUGAAUAGUACGGUACGCCACGAGCAGUGGUAAUGGGUCGGGAUGGAGUACAGCAAACCUGACAAUGACUCUGAACUGGGGGAUAAUGAGUAAGAUUGGUAGGAUCAGGCCCUGAAUUAAGAUGCUGAAAACACCAGUGAAUGCUAUGUGGUUUAUUAAUCCAAAUGGACAGUGAUUCAUAAAAGCAUUUUCAUGAAGAUACUGUCGGAGAAAAACACAGUUCUCACUUUUUGUUUGGGUACAGCAAGUCAGAUGCUUUAUUCUCUGCUUCCACAAUACUAAGGGAGAAGCCCUGAGAAUCCAAAGGGAUCCUGUGGGAAAUACUGAAAACCCACAGUAAGUUCUGAAAACUACAAGAGAACAGGAAAUGGAUUCUGACCAAUAGAAAACUGGCCAAUGUCAGCCUUGAGUCUAUAUGAUAUGGUCAAAUAGGGCCCCAGUGUUCCAGGGACAUGCACGCACACACCAGCAAACGCACCAUUUCUACUUCCCCAUCCGCAGUCUUGUCUGACUCAUGGGUGGUGAAUAAAACUGGAUUCUCUUAUUUCCCUCAUGGUAACAGGAAACUUGCACUUUGGCUCCACCCUCUGGCUUCUUUGUCCAUGCAGGUGACUGAAAAACAGCCAAGGGAGGGAUACAGGCAGGUAGUGGUCAGCCAGAGUGAGAGUGCCUUGGGUGCCUGCAGGCAGGAAGACCUGGUGAAGGGCAGAGAAGAUGUUGGCUGGAGCCCACAAGUGUCACUUCGUAUAGGGCCCCAUUUGGCUAGUGCCAUCGUUCACCCUUAUUCACUAGAGAAUGCGGCUCUCGAGCCAGCCUGCUUUGCAGGGAGAGGGGACGAGGGGGUUCGCUAUCCAAACCAAGCAGCAACAGUUCCUGAAACACUGCAGCUACACGGCAUAUGUCAGCCCAGCAACAGGAAAGGAAAAAGAAACCAAGAUAACAACCCAGCAGGAUGCAACACAGAUUCUCAUCGGCAUUGAUAUAGGACCAACAGCUCAGCUGCAGAUCCUGGGGCAAUGGGAAUGUUAAGCAGACAUAGAAGGAGCUGGUGCCAUGUUGCUGAGCUGGGAAUUCAUGGUGUGCAGUAGUUACACCAAAGGCUCUUGCUCCUACCAUCAUCUUGUCUCUGUUUAGAACUAGCAGGCAGCCCCCAACCUGAGAAAUGGAAAAUACAGAGGUAGGAAGCUGCAAGCCAAACCCUGAUCUCUUUACUCAGGCAAGUAGCGCCACUGAAGUCAAUGAUGCUACUUUCCUCAGUGAGGCGAGCAGGAUUGGACCCCUACUGCAAGAGCAGGAAAAGCCUUGUACAUUAAAAAUAACAUAUACAAAACCACAUAAGUAUUUAUUAUAUAGUGUUGUUAAUAUAUGCAUGAUUUUGAUGUGACCCACAAAUGAAGAGAAAUCCCAGACUCAUGGGCUUGAUGUGUAAGAUUAAAAACAUAACAUAUUCCGACAUAAAGUGAAUGCUAAAGA